CAUGUUAUGGACCCUGAGCUCCAGACAGGGGAAAAGUUGGUGAGCCCUGUCCAUGACUCUGCUGGGACAGGGAACUUUCUGGGGGACCCUUUUGCAUCCCCUGCUAUAAUAAAAUGACUAAUUUAGAUCAGCUGCUAAAAUGCUGCCUCUUGCCCUUUGGGAAGGCUAGAAAGGGGCUGGUAGCCAGAAGCAGGACCCCAAGUUCCAAGGCUACUUCCUUUGCACUUGCCUGGCCUGGUGGGAGCAUGGUUCUGGCACAUAAACUGUCUGGAAAGAGGCAGGCAGCUAUCCGUCUGUUAAAGGCAAACUAUAAACUGCAGGGAAUGUGCUCUAGCUGUGCAAGCAGGGGAGUGGAGCUGGCGCUGCUCCGAUAGCUCUAGCAGGGUCUCCUCCCACCUAAAUAAAACCUGGGUGCGGCUGGUUUCUACCCAAACCUACAAAGGCCAGGCCUGCAUGCAGCUCCUAGAGCUGAGAUGAUGCUGUUGUCACAGGAAGUUCCCUGCUUUGACCAGAAGGAGCUGCUCCAUAGCAGCUGCCUGGUGGGAUUGGCAUUCAGCUGGGGAAGGUGUGAACUAACGGGUAGGGAGUGAAGAUACGGGAACCAGGUGCCUUUUCCUGUCCUGGGGGGAGAUGGCUGGAGGGAAACCCCGAGAUGGAAUCAAUACAGAAAGGGGGUGGGGAAAAACAAAAAACGCAACCCCAAUCCCAAUUGUGGGCCCAGUCUGACCUGUGCCAAUCACAUGGCACAAAUGUGCUCCCUGGAUCCUCUGCCCCAUGCUGAUCUCCCAGCAUGUCAGAGCAGCCCCUAGGCUGCUCUAAAUUCUACCAGGCCCUCUUUCCUUGAUAAUACCUCCAUGCCAGGGGCACCCUAUUGCCUGUAUACCAGUCAGGCUAGCUGUAUGCCAGACUGGACUUCCCCAUCCCUAUGCCAGGGGAAUUCCCAGUCAGCCAGCUCUGUCCCCAGGUGCCACACAAGUGCAUUUGUCUGCCUGGAUUCCAGCUCACUUUUGAUAGUGUAUUAAUAGAAAAAGAACAAAAUGAGCUAAGUAGCUGUAACCACCUGCUGGGGCCAGGCGUGUGAACUGUCUGUCGGACUCCAGGACCAGGACAGAUCAGAGCUGGAGCAAUAGAAGGUGCUAGAACGAGGAGUGAGACAUUGAAAUUCGGACCAUGUGCUGAGCUCUGGGGGGCUGUGGAACAAGGGAGCCGGGGAACCAUCCGCACGGGUCUGAUGGGACUGGUGGUGGAUGGACCAGCUGCGUGACCCUGGCUCUCCCCUCUCGGUCUCUGGGGCCUCGGUGCUCGUUUGGGCUGUCUGACACAGCUUGUUACUCAAGGACUUUUCCACAUCAGCAGUUCACCUUCUGCCUCCGAAAAGAGGAACCGUGCUGCUGAAGAAACAAGAACUCCUGUCUUCAACGUCUUCCCCACGGUGCUUUGGACACAGCUCAGAGAGCAGGAGGACACGUGCUGGGGUGACCCGCCUGCCCUUGUCAAGAGCCAGCUGCAGCCCCACGGUGUUCCUCUGACGGAGGAGAGAAGAGAGCCCUGCUGAGUACUUGCUCUGCCUGGCUUGGCUCGUACAACAGCAGAAGACAGGAGAACGCUACUGCCAAUUCACUGUUUGGUCUGGAGGGAUACAUGGUGCUUGGUCUCCGUUAGCCACGGCCGGGUGUCUGGCAGGAAGAGGAAGCUGAAACCCGGAUCUGUGGGGAAAAGGAAAGAUGGAUCCAGAAGCUGAGGUCACCUACGCAGAUCUGAAAUUUCCUCCCAGAUCGCGGCAAACAGAUGUGAAGAAAGCAGAAUCAAAGCCCCCUGCCCAGAAGACUUCUCCAUGGGCUUGGCUAGCAAUAGUGGUGAUUCUCUGUGUGUUGUUCCUGGUGGCGCUAAUUUCCCUGAGUAUCCUGUAUUCCCAGCUCCUAGCUGGCAACAUGCAGCUUCUAGAGGAAUCCAAGCAAACCAAGAGCAAAAUGCAGCAAACGGAAGGGAGAUACUCCCAGUUACUGCAGUUGGUGUUGCACACAAAGAUCUGUGCCCUGGAGUCCCCAUCCUCCAAUACCUCAGAGCCCCACAACAUCAGCUGUACCUUGUGCCCCUACCAAUGGAUUUCAAACAGAGGAAGAUGCUACUACUUUUCUGCAAGUAUUUUACCAUGGAAUGACAGCAGGAGCAGCUGCCAGAGGGAACAGGCCGAGCUAGUGGUCAUUACCGAUCGGGAGGAGCAGGACUUUCUCAGCAAGCAGGAAAGACUUGCAGAUUAUUGGAUUGGCCUGACGGAUGUGGCCCAAGAAGGCUCCUGGAAGUGGGUGGAUGGCACUGACUUAAACCAAAUGGAGAAAUUUUGGUUCUCUCCCCAGCCAGAUAACCAUCUCAAUGAGGACUGUGCGACACUGACUGCCAAAGAAACCCCGCCACUUAACUGGAAUGAUGCCCCGUGUAACAAAUUUUUCCCCUACAUCUGUGAAAAGGCAGCCAACACUUUCACCGUCUAAGCUUCCUCUGACUCGGAACAUCUUGUUCAUUGUGGCCAAUGAUGCAGCGUCCCUGAAUGCCACUGGGCUCCUCCUGCCCCUCCUCUGUUCAUCUCCUGCUGGACAAACACCCAGUAGAGGGUGCUGAGGACUCGCCUUUGCAACUGGCUUGGCAGAAGCCACAGGCCGUCCAGUCCCGUUUUCCAAAGGGUAUUUUUGCCCAGAUUCGCACAGGGUCUUCAGAGCUUAGCUCCUAGGUCUAGGCACCCCGGAGGUCCACAAAACCCCUGCUCAGCUGUGGCCUAACCUUGUAGGCACCUAAAUUCACUUGGCACCUAAACUUUUGCUCUAAAAAUCUCUCUAGAAUCCUAAAUUUUCUACCUCUGGGCCUGCCUGCUGCUGCAUCAGGCAGACACCCAGUGCCUGCCUCCCAGCACAGAGCAGGUGUAGGGAGGUGUAAUGGAAGGCUAGACUGUAUUCUAUGGUUCAGCCACUUGCUGAUACUUAUUGAAGUUAACCUCGGCCAUACUUGGCAGUCCAUCAAAGAUCUGGUAGUGAACACGGCUGGUGUGAUCUGUCUGCGAAGGAAGCUCUGUAGCCAGUCCGUAUGUGGUGCAGAAGCUGGACCUGCUAGAGGCAGCCCUGAAAUCUAGCGUGUACAAGGUGCACGUGAUAUGGUGUCAGGAGUAAACUAGUGCCAGAGGGGAACACUAACAGGUGGUGGUCUCUGAGCACUCCUGAUUCUGCACAAAAGGACCGGUGCAGGAGGAGGAUUCCCUGAUAACUCUAAGCCCAGGGGUAGGGCCUCUCUCCCCAUCUAUUGAAUGGGCAGCCCAAGAGCCUAACCCAGGAUCUGUGGAUUCCACUGAGUGGCUAGGUGCAUAAAAGUUAGGUGUUGCAUCCCCAAGGUCCCUUAGUGUAUCCAGGUCUUUAGAUACGCCUGGUUUUCCUUCCCCAAUCUGGCUUUUUACAGCUGCAUUUUGGUUGGGUUUUUCUUUUUGAAAUAAGACAAAGGGAGUCUAAUAUUUAAAAAAAAAAUGAAGUGUUGGAGGAGGAAAUGCAAGAAAGUGUCAAGCCAUAUCUCUUCGGCUUUGCCCCACGUCCUGUCAGAAUCAGUGUCCCCGAUUUGUGUGUGUGUGUGUGUGUGGUUUUUACAGUGGUGGCCAUGAUCCCUGGCUCUUAGCAAUAAAGUGACUUACACAGGAGGUCAGUAUCCCAAUUUUACAGAGGGGGAAACUGAGGCAAAGCGACUUGCCAAAGGUCACCUAGCAGGCCAGUGGCAGCUGGGAAUAGAACUUAGCUCUAGGGAAUUCUAUCCCCUCUAUCAGAGACCUGGGUUCUAUUCUCAGCUCUGCCGUGGACUUGAGCAAGUUACCUCUCUGUGACUCAGUUUCCCCAUCUGUAUAAGAAGGGGGUAAUGAGGCUGCAGGCACUUGUGUACAGAAUGCUUUGAGGAUGGCAGCACAGAUUUAUUACUGCUUGUGCGCACACAAACUAUUUUGAAAGACUACGAAGGUUUCAGGAUCAAGUGUGUGACAGUGGGGAAGUCCUAGACUGGAAGCUGCUUGUUGCACAGUGUGAGUGGAGAGCUGAUCGCCUCUAGCAGCAAACCAGGAACAAGUGAUGAGAGCCAGAUAGAGAUGGGAUUUGAUUACUUGAGAGCUGCUACCCUGGACAAACCUGAAUGGAUUUUCAGUGAUGCAAACCACUUCCCUGGCCGAGUCCCGAGCCACACUUCUGGGAGGAGAUUUGCAUAGCUCUUUGCAUGCUUGUAAGCAGGACUUUCCGAAGACCCUGAUUCAGCUCUUCCGCGGCAGGAAACAUCUGCAGCAAAUGGUCUCGCCCCACAGCAAGCUGCAGUUCCUGAAGGUGAUGGUUUCCUCCGUGCUGUAACAGCAACGGGGCCGCAUGACACUGACUCCACGACAAGGCCAACACAGUCCCUUCUCCCGCUUCUGUGACUGGGUUGUUCUUGAGACACAGAUUCGGCCACAACACGUGGAAGGCCUUGCAGUUAAAGCCUUGGAGCUGAGCAUGAAAUGUAACGGCCACAGAGGUCUUUCCUGGGGAUGCAAUGACCUUUGGCGCUGCUGCAAUCUACGCUGCUGUGCGGGUGAACAAUCAAGGAACAUUCAAGCAAUGGUUAAAGCCAGGGUAACUCAGGAGCGCUGGUUACAAAAGGGCAGCUACAGGCUCCAGCCCUUGAAGAGGCUUUUGGCUUAUCUAAAAAAUAAUCCUUUCUCCAUAAAAUAAGAUUUAGCUGCAUCCCACUCUCACAGAGGGGAAUUGUGAAAUGCCCUGAGGCUUCCCCGAAGCGUGAGAAUGAGAACUAGCUGAUGAGCAACCAGCAGGCGGGCCUCAAAGGAAGGAAGUGGAAUUUUGAAAUAUAGCUAUUUGUCCUUCACUAAUUUGGGGCGCAAUCCAGGUGUUGCAUAGCUCCAGCUUUUCCAACCCCGAACUGUUUCAUGGGCCCAGUUGCUGCAGGUCUAAGGCAGUUUGGUCUCAGAGGGGGAUGCUCUUCUCCUCUCUAGGUCAAGCAAGCCUGUGAGCUCAAGCUGGAGGGCAGACCUGGCUUCUGACUUU